UUUUUUCCUCUAUCUUACAAAAAAGCUCUCCCUUCGCUGUUAUUAUUGUUGUUAUUUAUUUCUCUCAUUUAUUUGCAUGCUUCAAAAACAACACACACAAAAAGAAAAGCAAAACACGCACUCAUAUACUGCAACUAACUUCGCCUGUUCAUGAAAUUUGUUGCAUGUUAUACGACCCACUGUUCCUCUCAUCAUUGCUUCAUGAUCUCUUUGUGACUGCCAGUAGGUUGUCCUGAGUUUGGAUUUAAUUUUGGGGUCGUUUAAGCUUGAUGGGUCCAAUAAGAGGUUACAAAAAGAGGAAAAAGACAGAUAAAAGGACGGAGGAAAAUGCUUCUGGUUCUGGUUCUGGUUCUGGGUCUACAGAGAAAGAAGGGCCUGUAGAUUGGUGGGAUGAGUUCUCCAAGAGGAUUAAUGGUCUUCAAUCUCCAUCAAAGAGUUUGGACAAGUUUGAACAUAUUUUCAGGAUUUCCAGGAAAACUUUUAACUACAUAUGUUCACUUGUGAAGGAAGAUAUGGCUGCCAAAUCGAGAGAAUUUACAUUUCUAAAUGGCAAGGUUUUAUCUUUGCAUGAUCAGGUAGCUGUAGCUUUAAGAAGGCUAGGUUCUGGCGAUUCACUAGUGACUGUUGCUGAUUUCUUUGGACUGAAUCACUCUACUGUCUCGCAAGUGACCUGGCGUUUUGUGGAGGCCAUGGAAGAAAGGGGGCUUAAGCACCUGAAAUGGCCAUCUAAUGAAUCAGAAAUGACAGAAAUAAAAUCCAAAUUUGAGAAACUACGAGGUCUCCCUAAUUGCUGCGGUGUGAUUGAGACCACUCACAUUAUGAUGUUGUUGCCGUCUUCAGACCCUUCAAGUCAUCUCUGGCUUGAUCAUGAAAAGAACCACAGUAUGAUCUUGCAGGCAAUUGUGGAUUCUGAGAUGAGGUUUCUGGACAUAGUCACUGGAUGGCCUGGAAAAAUGGAAGAUAGGGUAGUGUUUCAAAGCUCAAACUUCUAUAAACUGUGUGAAAGUGGCGAAAGGUUGAAUGGGAAAAAUUUACAGCUUUCAGACGGAUCAGAAAUAAGAGAAUAUAUAAUAGGGGAUUCAGGCUUUCCACUGCUUCCCUAUCUUAUUGUUCCUUAUGAAGGGAAAGAACUAUCAGAAACGAAAGCUGAGUUCAACAAGCGACAUUUUGCAACUCAGAUGGUGGCCCAAAGAGCACUGGCAAGGCUCAAGGAGAUGUGGAGGAUCAUCCAUGGAGUAAUGUGGAGACCUGACAAGCAUAGGUUGCCAAGAAUAAUUCUAGUCUGCUGUUUGCUCCAUAACAUUAUCAUUGAUAUGGAAGAUGAGGCACAAGGUGAUAUUCCUUCAUGUCACGAGCAUGAUCCAGAAUACCAACAACCAAUUUGCGAAUUCAUUGACAUAAAAGGUGUGUAUCUGAGAGACAAGCUGUCUUUAUACUUGUCUGGAAGAUUGCCACCAUGAAUAUUUUUCAAGAGGGUUGAUUGACCACCAAAGAAAUGGGUUUAAAUUGUUAUUUAAGAGUGCUUAUGAGACAUUCUCUCUCACUUAAAAGUACAAAAAUGCAGUCAAUUCGUUUCCUUUAUUAACAUUGUAAAUAGCCUGGCUAAAUUUGUGGCUCAUGAAAUCGUAAGGUAAUGGCUGGGAAAAUCUCGUGAGAGAGAAGAUUAUUUUUUAUUUUUUAUUUUUAUUAUUAUUACAAUAUAGAACAUAAAUUACUCAGAAUUGCUCCAGGCUAGAACAAUGCCAUUUUGAUUUUAAUUUCAUUAUUUUUAUGGGAA